GUGACAUCUCCAUCGCUAGCUCGCCGCGCAUACAAAAACAUGCACCGGGGAAAAUGGAAGAAGACGAUAUAAAAACGAGUCGAAAAUGUGAUGAAGUGAACUCGUCUGUUGUUGAAGGGGACGUUCAAAACAUAGAAAAGAUGAAGCAUCAAACGGAAGAACGUCCAAAAGAGAAAUCUUUUGUUUGUGAUAUUUGUGGCAAAUCCUUUCAGCGUCAAGUUCAAAUGACCAAUCACCAGCGUGUCCACACUGGAGAGAAACCAUUUGCCUGUGAUCUUUGUGGAAAAGCCUUCUCACAAAAACACAGCUUGACAUAUCAUCAGCGAGUCCACACGGGCGAGAAACCAUUUGUUUGCAAUAUUUGUGGCAAAGAUUUUUCACAAAAAAAGAACCUAAGCACUCAUCAGCUGGUCCACACUGGAGAGAAACCAUUUGUUUGUGACAUUUGUGGAAGAGCUUUCUCUCAUAAACAUACCCUGACCGGUCAUCAGCGUGCCCACAUUGGAGAGAAACCAUUCGCAUGUGACGUGUGUGGAAAAGCCUUUUCACGUAAGAAGACCCUUACUAGUCAUAAGGAUGUCCACACUGAAGAGAAACCAUUUGUUUGUGACGUUUGUGGGAAAGCCUUUAAGCGCAAAGGGCAAAGGACAAUCCAUCAAAGUGUCCACACUGGAGAGAAAUCUUUUGUUUGUGAUAUUUGCGGGAAAGCUUUCACGCAUAAACAUCACUUGACGAACCAUCAUCAAGGCGUGCACACUGCAGAGAGACCCUUCGUUUGUGAUAUUUGCGGAAAUAGUUACAAACAAAAAGGAGAUUUAAAAAAUCACCAGAGAUUUCACACUGGAGAGAGACCAUUUGUUUGUAAUGUUUGCAGGAAAAACUUCUCAAAUAAACCGAACCUUAUUGCCCAUCAACUUGUCCAUUCUGAACUGAAGCGUUUUGCUUGUAAUAUUUGUGGAAAAGCCUUCAAACGUAAAGGCCAUUUAACAAUUCAUCAGCGAAUACACACUGGAGAGAAAAGAUUCGUUUGUGACCUUUGCGGAAAAGCCUUCUUAAAUAAGACUAACCUAACCACCCAUCAGCUUGUCCACACGGAAAUGAAGCGGUUUGUUUGUAACACAUGUGGAAAAGCUUUUAAACGCAAUGGCCAGUUAACUGUUCAUCAGCGUAUGCAUACUGCAGCCAAACCAUUGUUUGUGACAUUUGUAGGAUAGGCUUCUAACUCAUCAAAUCAUUCUAUGCAGAGAGCAUCCACUCUUGAGAGAAACCCUUCGUUUUAAAGGGUCUGCAGCUGGUUUCACGAAACGCUAGGAUUAAUCCUAUCUUGAGUUAGGACAAGUAACUCGUCCUAACUUUGGA